AUUGCUGUGUCCUGUCCGCUCUGCCUCGCUGUGCCAUGGAGGAUGCGCUGCCUUCGGGCCUGUUGGAGGUCUGCUUGCUGGUCGGCGUGCCCAGGGAGCAGUUGAGGACUCAACUGCAGGACACUCAAAGAAAACCCAGAAGUCUUCUUCCCCUGGAUCCAGAAGUUCUUUCUGUAUUUGUGCCUCCAUUUAUCAGCAGAGAUGAUACUCAUUCGACUAACACAAGUGGUAAUAACUUCAACAGAGGUAAACGCCGGUCUUUCCGAAAAAAGAAAGAGAGACCAAAAUUGGAAAAUGCCAAGACUCUCAAUGGGGAUCAGAAAGCACCUGGCACUGAAGAUAUUACAGUUCCAAAGGACAUUGAUCUCAUUGGUUUGCCACAGCUGUGCUUCCCAGGAGGACUUUAUAUGACUUCAGAACCAAGAGAGGACCACAUUCACUUCCUGGUCUUCACAGAUGUCUGUGGUAACAGAACAUAUGGUGUUGUUGCACAGUACUAUCAGCCAAUACAAUUUCUUUGUAGGAUGGCUGUAUUGCCUCCAAUGGACAGACCCAGUGGGAAUCUGUGCGGGCUGGGAAGAAGCCUGGCUGUUUUGUACCGCUUGCUAUUUGUGUUAUAUCCAGAUAUCCGUAUUUUAAUGCCCUCAAGGAUUGUCUCUCAUGGUAAGACUUGCUAUCCUGUUUGUCUUUACUGGAAAUAAUUAUGCAGGUCUUAA